AUUUUGCUGCUCGUAAAGUUCUCUGCUGGAGUCUUUGUUAGUAUAGUCUGGUCAUUGUUUUCACUUUGGGGGCCUGGUGCUUGGAGUAGUCUUGAUAAGCCUUGGUCUGGUUCUUCAUUGGUAUAG